AUGUCUGCUCCCUCAGAGCCCCAGGAUCAGGCUUCUGGGGAGGGAGAAGGGCUUUUGAUUGUGAAGGUGGAAGAUUCCUCCUGGGACCAGGACUCUGCCCAGCCAGAGGACAGCAGGAAUGCUGAGACCUACCGCCAGCGCUUCCGGCAGUUCUGCUACCGUGAUGCGGGUGGACCCCAUGAGGCCUUGAGCCAACUCUGGGAGCUGUGCUGCCGUUGGCUGCGGCCGGAGCUGCGCACCAAGGAGGAGAUCCUGGAGCUGCUGGUGCUGGAGCAGUUCCUGAGCGUGCUGCCGGGUGGCGUCCAGGACCAGGUGCGUGAUCAGCACCCAGGAACUGGAGAGGAGGCUGUCGCCCUGGUAGUAGACCUGCAGAAGCCUGGGAAAGCCAGGCAGCAGGUGAGGGGGUCCCUCUACUUUCAGGACGUGCUCUCAGAGGAGGUGGAGCCCAAACCUGCAGUCCGGGGAGCCCCACCUAAGGAGUCUCCCCCAAAGACAGGACCCUGGGGCCGGCAGCCCCUGGAACAGCCCAAGCUGGAUGCCCAGCCUGUCUGCCAUCCACCUUCCCUUCUUAAAGAGGGAUACCCUGGAGAGACUGUGAACAGCUGUCUUACCUCUGGGGUUCACGGACCUGUGACGUUUGGAGAUGUGCCCUUCUACUUCUCUCGGGAAGAGUGGGGAUCCCUGGACCCUGGUCAGAGGGAUCUGUUCUGGGACAUAAAACGGGAAAACUCACGGAACGUCACCCUGGGUUUGAGACUCAAAACCCAGAGGGAACGGUCCCCGCUGGAGCCAGUGGCAGCAUCUCUGCGCCAGGCUAGCCGCAAGCCCCCCGUGUCCUGCAGCCCCGAAGAGGGUGAGGCGGGCGACAGCGAGGAGCAGCCACAAGCACCACGGAGCCCAGUAGCGGGCCCACGGCGGGGACGGCCGCCCACACGCUGUCGGCAGUUCCGGGACCUGGUGGCUGAGAAGCCGCACGUCUGCGUGCAGUGCGGGAAGCGCUUCCGCUGGGGCUCUGACCUGGCCCGGCAUCAGCGCACGCACACGGGCGAGAAGCCGCACAAGUGCCAGGAGUGCGAGCGCAGCUUUCGCAGCUCAUCCGACUUGUCGCGCCACCAGGGCGUGCACACCGGCCAGAAGCCCUUCUCCUGCCCCGAGUGCGGCAAGAGUUUCAGCCGCAGCGCCUAUCUGGCCGACCACCAGCGCAUCCACACGGGCGAAAAGCCCUUUGGCUGCAGUGAGUGCGGCAAGAGCUUCUCGCUGCGCUCCUACCUGUUGGACCACAGGCGCGUGCACACCGGCGAGCGGCCCUUCGGCUGUGGGGAGUGUGACAAGAGCUUCAAGCAGCGUGCCCACCUCAUUGCCCACCAGAGCCUGCAUGCCAAAAUGGCCCAGCCUGUGGGCUGA